UAACUGAAUCUUCUAUAGUUCUGUCACAAAAACAUAGUAACAUAACACUACCUAGAAACUUAAGAUGACCAAGAAGGACUUAGUGUCCUUCAUGGGGAAAGUGAGAGGUUUCAGCCUUCGAUCUCUCGGUGGUUGCUUCGAUAGCUGCUGCGACCGGACUCAAGGCUAUGGAUUGGGGACAAGGAUAUGGAAUUUAAGUGACCGGCCGGUGGAGCUGCAAAUAAGGGUGGGAUCAAUAUUGAAGAAGGUUCACACUUUGAAGCCGGGUUCAUCAAAGAGGGUGGAAAGUAAGCGAAUAUAUAAGGCUUAUAUGCCGGGUAGGAGUGGCGGCAAUGGAGGUGGAUUGAAGAGCUUGCUCUAUUACUAUGAUGAAACUUCCCACCCUUAUAUUUGGAUUCAUGACAUAGGUGGUGAUUCCAUGAGGAUGGUUAAGCAGCAGUAUAUUAGCCUUGAGGAUUUGAGAGAAUCUUCUGAGAUCAGAGUCUUCAGGGAUCAGCAAAAGGGUUUCAUAUCGGUUCGAAAGCAAAACCGGCCAGAUUUCUGCUGAAUUUUCAUUGUAACUCUUCUUGUUUGUUUGUACAAGAGUUGAGUAUGUUGUGUAAGAAAUUGGCAUUUUAACUUCUUGCUCUUUUAGUUUCCUUUUGUUGUGUGUUAUUGAUUGGCAAAUGGCAAUAAUUGAUGAUUACUCAACAUGAAUGAGAAUUUGCAUUCAAGUGA